UCCCGCGCACUGGAGGGCGGGCUCUCGGACUUUGAAAUCCAGCGCUGUUGUCGGCGUUUGGGAAGCGAAUGCUGCUGUGGAGCUUAGCUGGUUUUAAUGUCUCUGCUGUCACUCGUGCCUCCUCUGCCCGGGCCUCGGUGCGUCUGAGGCACAGCGGGCCCUGGGGUGCCAGAACCUUGGGGCCUGAGCGGAAUCCAGCGGGGCCAGGGCUUCGUGCUGCUGCCCUCACUGAGGUUUCUCUGGACUCCUGUUGAAGUUCUGUCUGGAAACUUGUGCUGAUUGAAUUUUCUAUAAAAGGAAUUUUGUUGCCACUUUUAUCAAAAUGAUUGCAACACCUUUGAAGCAUUCAGGAAUUCAUUUGUCUUCUGGGACAUCUCAAAGAAGAAAUAUGCCUCUAGAUGCAGUCUUUAUUGACAGCAUUCCUUCAGGCAAACUUACUCCUGUAAAAGAUUUGGUGAAAUAUCAGAAGUCUUCUCUAAAACUGAAUGGCCAUAAAAAGAAUCAGUUAUUAAAAAUGACAACUUCUAACAAUAAAAAUAUAUUACAAUCCACCAUACUAUCAGAGGCUACUCUUUCAAACAGCUCUCUGGAUGUCAGUGCAAUAAAGCCCAACAUGGCUGGACUAAGAAACGAGAUGGAUUAUGAAUCACCAGGAAAAAUCUUUCAAAGAAUGAAAGAAAAAAUACAGCGUGACAAGCAAGAGCAAGAGUCAAGGAGCAGUAGCAUGUUGGAAUCACCAAAAUGUGAACAGAAUAAAGUCUUCCCUUCUAACCGAGAUAAGAAAAAUCAGUUGCAACAUACUUACUUCUGUGAGGAAAAAGAAAAAUCAUUCCAACCCACUAGCACGUCAUUAGGAGAGCCUUCAAUUCUGAACCAAGAACAAAAAAAUGUUUCAGUUUCACAUAUCUCAAGCCGGGCACUAACUACAUCUCAGUUUGCUAGACAAGGUCUUCAUUCAAAAGAGAAUACUGUUAAAACUUCUGUGUCCACAAAGAACACAUUUGUUUUGGAAAGCAUUGAUUCUACUUACGAAAAGUUUGAAAAUACUGAUGUGAAUUCUGAUAGUAUUAAUUGUGUUCCUAUUAAGAAUCAUAACCAAUCUGUGACUUCUGAUAGUGACAUGGCAACAGACGUGACUGCACAGGAGGACAUGACAGAACAAAAUAAGAAAACAGUGUCUAGAAGGACUAUUCUUCAAAAUUCCCUGACAGAUACAUCUAAAAUUAGACCUGGGAGACCAAGACUUGAUCGAACAGUAUCUCUCCAGUCUCUAAGAAAAGUUACACACUGUUAUAAUUUUGAAACUGUUGCAAGUGGAGUAAAAAAAUACCAGGUAGUCCAGUUACAGGAGUGGAUGAUUAAAGUCAUCAACAACAAUACUGCUAUAUGUGUAGAAGGAAAGCUGGUAAAUAUGACUGAUGUUUAUUGGCAUAGUAAUGCAAUUAUUGAGCGCAUUAAACCGAAUGAACUUAAGACACUAUCAGGCAACAUUUAUAUAUUAAAAGGAAUGAUAGACCGGAUUUCCAUGAAAGAAGCAGGAUAUCCCUGUUAUCUCACAAGAAAAUUUAUGUUUGGAUUCCCUGAAAAAUGGAAGGAACACAUUGAUACUCUUUUAGAACAAUUAAGGACUGAAGAAAAGAACAGGAAUAAGACCAGACAGAAAACAGCAGGAUUCCAUGAUAAACAAAAAUCAAUGAAAAGUGAUGCAGAAGAUAAACAAACAGAUGAUAUUCCCAGAACCUCCAUCAGUUAUUCUCUAAAUACUAACAAAAUUAAAGUAUUAGAUGUAUCUACUAAUACCCUGAACUCAUCAGAACAGCCUACAUCUGACAAAGAAAGAAAAUACUUGUCUUUCAAUCAGAAGGAAGCUUACGUUUCAGUGACACCGCUUAGAACUACAAAAGUGAUAGAGCAAAGAUGUAUGAAGCACAAUCUCUCUAUUAAAAGAUUAACAGACUUUUUCAAAUCAGAGCAUCAAGAAGAAAGUGAGUCAGAUGGACAUGGGACUCCAAGUCUUACCAAUAAGUCCUUAGAGACCUUUGAACAUAGUGUGGGUUAUAAAAGUAACACUGAGGGAGACUGCAACAAGUGUGAUAUACUCACUGUCAAUCAUGGACUUCAGAUACCUUGUCCGAAAAAUAAACAAAUGCUCACCAAUGAUUUUAAAAGAAAAGUCAAGUUGCCUUCAAAAUUGCAGAAAACUGACAAGCAAAUAGCCAUAUCAUCCUAUAGCCAGUAUUCCUCACAUUUGUCAAGUGAAGAGAAUGAAAUAGAAAUUAAAAAUAAAACCAGAGCAAGAUAUACCAAAGAAUGGCUGAUUCAGCAGAGAGAAAACACAGGCAAGAUCACGGAAGAUAUCCUCCUGGUUUCAGAAUCUCAAGGUGAGAGUUAUUCUUAUCACACACCAAAGAAAACCAGAUCUUCUGCUAAAGAAUCACUUCCAAAAUCUGGUGUUAGCAAAAACUUUCCAGUUGAAGCUAAGGGAUCUGAUAAAACAGAUAGACAGUUGUUAAACCGGCUACCUGCUUUAACUCACGAGGAAGAAUGGAAUGAACAAGAGUUACAGAAGCUUCAUUGUGCUUUUGCAUCUCUUCCAAAGCACAAGCCUGGCUUUUGGUCAGAUGUGGCUAUGGCAGUAGGCUCUCGAACUGCUGAUGAAUGCCAGAGGAAGUACAUAGAAGAACCCCAAGGCAAAGGAUCACGAAAAUGUGUCUCUAAGAAAAAGCAAGCCAAUUUCAAGGUCCAAAAUGGUAAGGAAGAUAAUGCUAAUGACAAGCAGACUAUUAAGAUAACUGCCAGAGUGGGAACUCUUAAAAGGAAACGACAAAUGAGGGAUUGUCUGGAGCAGCUCCCAAAAGACAACCACGAUGACUUUUUCAGUGCAACUCCCUUGCAGAAACAAAGAGUACUGUUGCCAAGUUUUCAAUACUGCCAAGAUGAUGACUUUCUGCUAGACAUGGACAGGAAUCCAGACUCUCCAUCAUCAAGUACUGUACCAUUGAUAAAAACUCCACAGUGUCAGCAUGUCAGUCCUGGUAUGCUAGCCUCUAUAAAAAGGGAUGAUUGUGAUAAAUAUGUUUACCAUAUGCAAAAAAAUGCUAAAAAAUGUGGCAAGAGUAAUGGUGGCCUCGUCUGGGGCAACAUUAGGAAAAAAGCAGUUGAAACUGGUCCCUUAUCUCCAACACCAACACGAAAAACCCUAUUUAGCAAAGAUUUAGGUGAAAACAGUGGAAUUUCAAAGUAUUUCAUUGAUGCCACAGAAUCAGAUGAAGAAGAGGAAGAUUAUUAUUUUUCAAAUUCUGAAUGAUAGUAAAUACGAUCUGCAGGAAUCCUACUGUCAGGCAGAGUACCAUUAUAGUCUCAUCUGAUGAUGCACUAUUUUCUUUGUAAUAAGGGAAUGCAGACUUGUUUUCCAAAGAUGUCUUAAUGUUUGUACGUAAGGUAAACACUCUAUAGAGCAUUCCUCAGUGUUACAGUUUACAAGUAAAAUUUUUGAAAGUUUUAUAUUUAUAAUAUUAAAGUAUAUAAUGCUCAGUCUCUUAAACAUCCAAGUCUAUUUAAUUGAGUAAUCAUGUCUCAAAUAGAUUUUUAAUUAAAAAUUUUAAACCCUUUAAGUGAGGAGAGAUAAGGGACUGGAGUUAAAAGAGUUUGGAUUGGUAGAUACUGGAAUGAAAACUUUUGGCAUCAUGGCCACCUGAUAUUAUAAGUCUGAGUUCAUUCACUGUUUAAAUUACAUCAUUCAAACUGUUGUGCAUCUUUUUAAUGUUGUACAUGCUUUUUCUUCUGACAGUUUUUCUUAAAAUUUUUACUGUAAGUUGGUCUGUUUGUGAAACCUCUACCUCUAAGUCAGUGCUCUUUAUUAUUUUAUAAAGGAAGCCAGAGGAUAGGUUCUUUUGUAUUCUACAACUGUGUUGUGUAUAGUUGAUAGAUCUACCACUAUACAGAAUUAUCAUGCCAUAGUUAAUAGGUUUCUCCUUUCUGACAGCUAAUUUUUAUUCUGCUGU